GUAGACACGAAGCAUGCAGCCUGGUUGGAAAUAAAGUAAAGCUAGCUGGAGUUUGUAGGAAUUAGCAGCGGCAUCAUGUCCUCGGAUGCAGUCGGUGAUUCCAGAGCUGAUGGAAAUGAGCAGGAGAUCCAGGGUGGAGGAACUGAAACACUAUCAAAGAGACAGAGAAAAAAACUUCUCAAACAACAGCAAUGGGAAGAACAGAGAGAUCAGCGCAAGCAGAAGCGCAAGGAGCGGAAACAGCAGAGGAAAUUGGAAAGACAGGCACAGGCUGAGGACAGGUCAGACUGUCCUGACAGGAAACGUGUUCGCAAAGAGGCAGAGCCCAGUCCUCUCCGUCUGGUCAUAGACUGUAGCUUCGACAGCCUCAUGAUGCUCAAGGAUGUAAAGAAACUUCAUAAGCAGAUCCAGAGAUGCUAUGCGGAGAACAGGCGAGCAGCACACCCAGUCCAGUUUUAUAUAACAAGCCAUGGUGGACAGUUGAAACAAAAUAUGGAUGAAAUUAACAAAGGCUGGGUCAACUGGAAGGAUGUCCAUAUCAAGUCAGAACAUUUUAAUGAAGUCUUAAGCAAAGAGGAUCUGGUGUACCUCACCUCUGAUUCGCCCAACAUUCUCCACGAACUUGAUGAGACCAAAGCCUAUGUGAUUGGAGGACUGGUGGACCAUAACCACCAUAAAGGAGUCUCUUUUAAACGGGCUAAAGAGCUUGGAAUUGCUCAUGCUCAACUUCCACUGGACAGUUUCGUCAAGAUGAACAGCCGCAAAGUGCUCGCCGUCAACCAUGUGUUUGAGAUCAUGUUGGCAUAUCUGGAGAAACGUGACUGGCAGGAGGCCUUCUUCACCGUCCUGCCCCAGCGCAAAGGUGCUGUACCUGUGGACCAAGAGAAGAAACAGGAGCAGGAUGAGGAUGAAGAUGAGGAGGACUCCGAUACAUGUGUGCCAGGGACAUGUAACCAUGAAGAUACAAAGGACCAAAGAACUGACAAACAGGAAGAACAUGAAACUCAGCAAAACCAGUCAGAUUCAUGUGAACAGACUGCUGUGUAAGAAGUGGUCACAUAUUUUAUUUUAUAUAUUAUAUAUUUUCUCUUGAUUUUUGCCAAGACUUGGAAUGACUUCUGUUGGAAGAUGUUUUAGUUUUGCUUACUUAUGCCUAAGUUAUCAAGAUUUUUGUUUGAACAGUGAUGAAAGUGAUUUGAAGAUCUGAACGUUGAUGUGCCAAUAAAGUUUAGAUCUAA